CUUUAUUUAUUUAUUUUUUAAAAGAAUAUAUUUAUUUUUUUUUCCUUUUUCAUACACACACAUAUAUACAUAUAAAAAUAUACAUUUAAAGGAAAUGUCAAAUGAUCAAGAUUUUAAUUUAGAAAUAGAUGAUUACAUAAAUUCAACUCAAUCAAAGGUUAAAGAAGAAGAAGAUGAAGAAGAAAAUAAAGAAGAUUGGACAUACGAUGAACUCAUGGGGGUAUAUGUGAUUCAUUCUAAACGACUUGUCAUGUAUUACAACAAUAGUGGCUGGGUAUGUGGUGAUUAUAAAGCCAUUUAUGAAUCUAAUCCAUACAUCUAUGAUUCAGAUUCUCAAUCCUGGUUUAAUACAGAAACUAAAGAACAUUUUUAUUACGAUCAAGUAAGUCAAUCUUAUAUCCCAUUAACAGAAGAGUAUUGGGCUGGACAACCGGAAACUACACGUUCAAUACGUUUCGUUAUUUUAUCAUCACCUCAUUUUCAACCUGGACAAGUAGUGAUUAUUGAUGAAAACGGGAUCACUAUUGGUCGUGAUCGAUCUUCAUGGGACAACAAUCGACUUCGUUUACCAGAAAUGAUAGUUAGUAAAUAUCAUGCACUUGUUUAUUUUGAUAAAAAAGAAAAAGUCUUUUAUUUAGUUGAUAAUGGCUCUCAACAUGGUACAUUUGCUAAUAAUAAAAGAUUAUCAGAAUCAAAACAAAGUAGUUUACCCUAUAAAUUACAACAUUUGGAUAAAAUACAAAUUGGAUCUACUUGCAUAGAAGUACAUGAGCAUUCAAUAGAUUGGCCUUGUCAAAGUUGUGUUACAAGCUUACCCAUCGAUACAUCCAGUAUAGGCAAGAAGAAAAAGGAAGUCUCUCAGAUGACAACCCAUGUUAUGUCACCAGAGGAAUUAGAAUUACGUCGAAGAGAAUGGAAUAGAAAUGCAAAAAGAUUAUAUACUUUUGAUAAAAAGCAACAAGUUCAACAGAAUUAUGUAGAUCGAGCAGAGAUGAGGAGAAAGACGCUAUUACCUGAAAAAUUUAUUAGAAUAGAAGAAUCAACAGAGAAGAAGGAUACCCAAAAUAAAAAUACUUCUCAUACAGCAAUACAACCAGUACAAGGUAUUGGUAAUAAAAUGUUACAAAAAUUAGGUUGGCAAGAAGGUCAAAGACUUGGUAAAAACCAAAGUGGUAUCUUGGAGCCUUUAAUGCCCACAAGUCAACUUGAUAGAUCAGGUCUAGGUUCUCAACAACAUGCCAUCAUUCAUAAUGAAACUAGAAAAGAUAGACAAUGGCGUCUUGCCCAAGAAAGAUAUGAAAAAUCAUUUUAAUUUUAAUAAUAAUAAUAAUAAAAAAAAAAGAGGAAGGGAAAAGAGGUGAGUGUGAGUG